ACAAAUCAUAUAUGUUUGUUCAGUCAUUAUGUGUGGUAUUUUGUGUCUUUAUCAUUAUUCAUACUUACAUUGAACUGGAGACCAUGACAUCACUUGUUAUCAAGCACACAUGUUUUUGAACUUUGAACGUGUGGACUUUAUAUCUUCAUCAACUGCAGAGUGUUUUAUACACGUGUACAAAAUGGCAGGCAGCACUGGUGUUAGUUUUAAAUUGGUUAUUUGUUUGUUUGCUUUAUUUUAUGAAUGUGUUUCACUCAAUUUUGGACAAGGGAAAACCUACAAAUAUACAUAUGAAACAAUUGUAAAUUUCAAUGAGGCAGUUUCAUCUGGAAAAUCUGUAGGAUUUCAACUGACAACAGAAUUUGAAAUCAGAGCAGUAUUCAGAGCUGGUGAUACACAGCUUCUAAAAGUGCAGAUUACCACUGCAUCAGUCUCCAGUUUCUCCAGACGUGAUGUAAAGGGAGAAUUAGUGAAGCUUCUCAAAUAUCCAAUUUAUUUUGAAUACACUGAUGGAGUUGUCGGAAAAAUAUAUGCUUCGGAAGUUGAGUCAGUAUUCUGUGCCAACAUCAAGAAGGGACUCCUGUCAUUGUUUCAACUACAGGAGACUGAGGGUCAGAGAGAUGAGGUUGAUGUCUCUGGAGAGUGCAGUGCCUACUAUGCAGUGUCUGGGGGCAGAAUCACAAAAACUAAACAGAACUGUCAGAAUGUGGAGAUAGCAGGAGAGUUUGUAAAUGUCAAUAAGAUGUUUGGAGUAUCUUCUGACAAUACAUUUGUGACACAUUACGACACAGCUGAUGGAGUCAUCAAAUCAGCCACUGGUUCCUCCAGACAUUCCAUCAUCAUUAACGCUAGACCACAGCUAAAUGCUGCUGUUGUAGCCAUACAGCGAUUAAACUACAUUAGUGAAGCAGUAGGUACUGCUGAAGUUGCGACAAACAGUAUUCAGGAUGCACUUGAUUUAUUAUAUAAAGAUGAGCCUAAAAAAUAUCAAGAGAUGUUAUUACCAAGUGGACCAGAAGUACAGGAGUGCUUAGAAAAUUGUGAAAAACCUGUAUCUAUUUUACAAUCUGUGAAGGAGGACUUGACGAGUGAUAAACUAUCAAAAAUUGUCUCAGGGAAAGCUUUUCUAAAACUUCUGAGGGCAUUUAGAAAUUCUGGUAAAUCAACAAUAGAGGAAGUUUUGACACACCAGGAUAGCUAUUACAUCGUAAAACAGCUGAUAGAUGUUGGAGCAGCUACUCAGACUCCUGCAGCCCAUGCAUCAAUGAUGGAGUUAAUCUCAUUUAUGGAUGAAUCUGCCAUAGAUUACCCAGAGAGGUUCAUUUUGGCCUCAGCUUUUGCAACUCAUCCUGGGGAAUAUCUACUAAAAGAUAUGCUGGAACUUAUGAAGAAGAAGGUGCCAAAUGAAAAUCUCAGAAAGUCAGUUGCUCUUGGCAUGGGGGCAAUUGUAAAUUCUUUUUGUAAGCCAUAUGGAAAUUGCUUGGAUUAUCAUAUAAUUGUAGAUUAUGUGAAUUAUUUGGAAUCUGAAGUAAAAUCUUGUGAAGAAGAAGAGUGUAAACUACUGUAUAUUAGAUCUGCUGGGAAUUCAGGGCUCCCAAAGUUCCUGCCAUUAUUACUAGAUCAAGCACAAAACUCAAAGAGUUCAACAGUGUCACUGACUGCCAUCCAGGCCCUGAGGAGGUUACAAAUUAAUGCAUACAGAGAGGAGAUAAUUCCAGUGCUGAAGUACAUAUUUCAUCAGAAUAAAAGAAAUUAUGAUUCAAGUGUUAGAAUUGCUGCUCUUGAAAUUCUUCUACAAAAUGGACUCUCAACAGGAGAAUUGUGUAAUAUUGUGUUAUCAGCGAUGUAUGAUCAAACAGAAUUUGAAGUUUCAACUUACCUAAUUAAAAGACUACAAGACCUGUCAGAAUCAGAUCCAAAGUUCAGAUCAAGAUUAAGUUCAGUGCUUGCUGAUCCUAGAGUAAAUAACUACUAUCUUUUUGCCCAAAAAGGAAAAUCAAGUGCAUUCACUGGAUAUCUUGCAGUGACUUCAGGAACAAACUGCACAUAUGGUUUAUACCAGGAAAAUACAAAGACAGGAGUCAUGAAGAAAAGUGCAAUGGUUGUUAAUGUUUUAAACAAACUGGCGACACAACCACUAUUAACGUUUGGGAUAUAUGCUGAGGGGAUAGAGGCCCUGGUAGGGGAUGCGGCGGAAGGGGAGGAGUCUGUUGAGGCCACAGCUGGGCUGUCCCUGACUAUGAUGGACGUCCUGCUCCGCCCCGUGGAGUUCUUCCGAGGGAUGAGUGGACUGAUGUCAGCUGUGUGGAAUGCCCCCUCGGAACCAGUCUCAGCUCUACAGGGAAAUUUACUUCUGCAAGACUAUUCCCAUAAGAUACAUCUGUCCAAUGGCUUGAUUGUUGAUGCCAGUGUUUUAGGGGUGGCUUCUAUUGAUCUGUCAGGAAGUAUCAGCAUUAGUUUGUGGUACAAAAAUUCUCACUCAGUCAUCACUAACAGUGGGGCAAUGGUUGUGGAAGGAUCCCUUCAAAUUGACUCCAGGGAACUUAGAUCAGGAAUAAAAUUUUCAACAGAAUCAGAGGCUUUUAUUGACUUCCAAACUGAUGUGGACUUUGCAGAGAUGCCAGUCAAAAUGUGUUUACAAAUGAAAAGGCCUCCCAUUUCAGCUAGUCAAUCUGUAGAAAAAUUUGAAAAAUCAAGAUAUUUAAACAAAAGAUUGACAAUACGAAAGAAGAAAUCUACAGCUACCCCUCCAGUCUCCUACUUUAUAAAUGAGAAAAAUUCUUAUAUGUGUACUACCAUGGAUCCUGACCAAUAAGGCACACAAGCCCAAGCAUCCAGUGAAAGUAUGUCAUAUGUGUUCAAGUUGACAGCAGACACAAUGCAAGACUGAUCUCAGUAUAAUACUCACUAGUCCCAGUUAUCAAAUACUCUGAUUUUUUAUAUUUUGUUUGUAAGAUCAACAUGGGCAUCUUUUUUUUACACUUGGAAGUAAAAGAUGAAAAUUA